GAAGUCAAAAGUCAGAGUUUGGAGGUCGUACCUUUACCCGCACUUACGAAGUUGUGAGUUACUAUGAAUGCUCCUGCUUCGUUUGAACCAUUCCUGCUUGCCGAUGGUGAGAAGAAGUGGGUCUUUCACACAUUAUUACACUUGCAGGAUCUCCUUCGAAAAGGAUACUCAGGUUCCAAAUGCUGCCAUUUUUACCCUAAAUCGAGAGGAUCACACUGUUGGAAAUAUGAUAACAUGCCAGUUACUAAAAGAUCCAAGAGUAUUAUUUGCAGGAUACAAAGCUCCUCAUCCAUUAGAGCACAAAAUCGUCAUUCGAGUACAUACAGCUCAUCCGGCGACACCUGUAGAUGUUUUCGUUUCUGCUCUGAAAGAUCUUAUAAGUGAGAUCUCGAAUAUAGAAGAACAGUUCAGAAUGGCGACAAAAUAAAACAUUGCAUCUGUACAUAUUAUUUAUUUAUAUAUUCAUAACGAUAAAAUGAAAAUGCUUGUCCUGCAAAAUUUUGUCUUUCGAUUAAUCCGUUCCUUUUUACCUUGUUGAAAUGUAAAGUUAAGGAGGUUGAAAGCAUAAUGAUGUCGGGUUAUAUAGGACUGGUUUGUUGUAAACAUUUUCGGGUGAUUUUUCUGAGGAUUUUAUUUCCUCACUGUAGCUAGUAUCACCUGAUGGCAUACAGAAAUCCCGUGUAUGUGAAGUGAAAGAUACUUGUUUCUUUAAGAUCUAUAUUUCUUUUAAUAUUCCAUACAUGUCCUAAAUACCUCAUUGAUUUAUAACAGCUUCGAGAUGCCAUCCGUAAAUGACUACGUUUUAUAGCGGACGAUUUCGAAAUUGUGGACUACUUAACUGCAUAUCUGACAUGUUCAUCAAACAAAUUGAAAACAUUAGGUUUAGUAGAAUUUAAAAUUGAGUUAGUGGAGAUAGACUGCUAAUGCAAUAUCGUUUCGCUCAGUCGGUCAACUUCACUGGG